UACAUUGGUGACAACAGCAGUUUGGUAUUCAGAUUGUGUAUAUGAAAUAUAAAAUAAGACAAAAUGUGUAAAUCAUGUAAAUGUGCUGUACUGUGAAAUGAAAUGCUGUGGAACCAACACUGGCCAAUAAAAAUAUUCUAUAAUGUCAGUAUGAACACAAAUGUUUUGUGUAAGCAAAUAUUCAGGUGCUGGAUAUGCAUAAGUAGAAGAUGCAAUUAGCUGAGUAAUCAUUAUCUGCCUGCUUACAAAUGAAAGAGGUUGUUUCAAGUGAUAUGUUAUAUCUAAGGUUCUGAAGGGCAUGGAACUAAAAAUUUGUAGACUUUUUCAGAUUCUGAAGUUUUAGUCAAGACAAGUAAGUUUUCAUUUUAAAAACUACAUAACGAAUCACUUUUUUGUCAGAAACUUUUUGAAUGGUUCAUUUGGCCUUACUCUGUUAGUGACAAUUAAAGUAAAUCCUAUUACCAAUUCUUCACAUACUUGAUGCAUGCUGAAUGACACAUAUUGAAAAUCACCACUUACAUAUGAGAUAUGGUUAUAUAAAUGUAGAAACAUCUUCACAAAGAUGUAAAAGAAGGUGUUCAAGUGUUUAAGUUAAGUCUUUCUUAGCAUAUUGGUGGGCAUGCUGGUAGUAUUAGGACAUUUUUUUUUUACUAUUUAUCUUAUUAUAAGCUUGUUUAUAAAAAUAAAGUGUACAAGGGGGUAUGCAAUUCCAGUGGUUUCUGAAGCUGCAGAGACUUUAAUGGUUUAUAAAAUCAGUAAUAAUUCAGCUAAAAAAGAUUAAGGUGCUUCUCUGUAAGCUUUUUUCUGAAAUUUUACACCACCACCACCACCCUGUCUCCCUGCACCCUAGCUGAUCUGUCUUUUCGUCAAGAAAUAAAAAUACAGGACACUCUCCAAUCAGAGGACAAAGUUGUGUGUGUAUAAAAUGAAUUAUAAAAAAAGUGAGGUAAGAAUCAUAUUUCCAUUUUUAAAGGGGGGAUUAGGGAUGUACUUUCAGAGUUAAUUAUUAAUAUACCAUACUUUGAAGAUAUGUUACAUUGGCAUGGUUUUGAAAGAGCAAUGUAGUGGUGAUGCAGAAAUCAAUUUAACAAACGAUGAAAGAGAAAUAGUUACGUGGCGCUGUAAUUUGUCUUUUACUGUGGUGGUAGAAAGGAUUUGUAAUCAACACUAUUCCAAAUAUGUGAAAAUCUACACAUUACAUCAACGAAAAUGCUGUGAUCCCUUCAAGUUGCAUAGGAAAACAGUAACAAAGAGAUUGUCAACAGUGACAAUUAACUUAGCAAAGCAUAUGAGGAAUAGAAACUUUGCAGACACACCUGGCCAGAAAAUUUGCGAUAACUGCAGGAAAAAACUUGCUGCAGAAGAGGAUUUAUCUCAAACAGAGGAUGAAGAGUUGGACAAUUGUGGGGAAGAUUAUCAACCACAUGAAAUACAACAGUCUUUCAAAGACAGCACACUUUCUGACUUCAGAAUCUCUCCAAUAAAGAAACACAGUAAAUCAGAAAGACAUAAGCACAUUGAAAGUAAGCAGAAACUAGCUCGUGUUCAGGAAAAACUGAGCUAUGAAGUAGGGCAAUGUUACUCUUUGGCAUCACCUUCUUCAAGUCCAGUUUUUUUAAAAAAAGAACAGUUGUCAGAAUUCAAUCAACUGGAGAGAAAAGCUAGGAGUUUCGAAGAGCUUAUACAUCUAAUCAAAGAGAAAAUCAACAAUACUACUGAUAAAAGAGAAAUCAUGCGCCUCCUAACAAUUGUCCCAUCUUCUUGGACCAUCAGGGGAAACAAUUAAAACUUUCAGUGUAACCGUACGAUGUGAUGGCAUUUGGAGGAACAGUGAAAAGAAUCACAGCUGCUGAAAGUCUGAGACGACCUUACAAGGAACAAAUCCUCUCAGCAAAAGUUAUGUUUAAUUUCUGUAAAGAUAAAAUAAAUGGCAUCACAUUCUUUUACUCUAGCAAAGAAGAAUUAGAAGAAACAAGGAGUAAAAAUAUUGGCUGUUGUGAUUAUGUAACUGUCACACGCACUCUGUCAUCACUCUCUUUCUGACUUUCAAUAAUCGUACAUUUGUAUCAAGCAUUGUGAUGGUUAACCUUAAAACUUACAGUUUGUGAGUAAUAUAAGUUAAUAGAGCAUAGAGCUUAUC